CUGUCACGUUGCAUUGGAGAUUAUCCAGGCCCGAUUCGGUCCAACCUUUGGUACGCUGCCGAAACGCGGGCGUUCAAGAAACCUCACCCACACCGGACCGAUCUCAUAGGAGAGAACUGAAUCCAUGGAGAUCUCUCCGUAUUAGGAGUCUUAGGACAAACGCGGCCGCAUCGAAACGUUCCCUUUUGCCUUUUGUAGCUUCAUCAUCCAAAAAUGCUCUUCAGGAGGUUGAUGGAGGUGGAACCGCCGAGCCCGGUGAGGUACAUAAUCGGAGCGGUGAUCAUGAUGAUCGGAGUUGUAUUUCCCGUCGGAUAUAUGAUGUUCCGAAACAAGCGUGUCUCCUCAUCCUCUUCCUCUUACUCCAAACAGACGUAGAGAGACUUUGUUGGAGGAUGCUCUCUUCUCUGAGUGCUAGUAUGCAUAUUUUGUGGGUCAAUUGCCAUAAGCGGGAGAAGAUGAGGAGCUGUUCAAAAGCAUCUCAAACUAAAUUUGUUCUUUAGCGAGAGGGAAUGAUUAAUAUGCACUGAAGUUGGGGAUGAUGCAUCGACCAGGAAAUGAGUAUUCGGAACUGAGUAUUGGCGUUGUUGGAACUUGGCAUUAGAAGUGGACUGCUGCCAUGCUUCGUGCACCUGAGAGUUAAGAUACGUUUAAACCUACGGACACAACCAACGAAAUUGGGUCCUGUUUGGAUGUUGAGUUCUCUAUUAAUAGUAGUGAGUUGA